UGUAAUUUGAUAACCUGUAACCACCGCUCUUUCCUUCUCUAGGUACGUGACGAAAUCCAUUUUCAGAUCGACCAAGUUGAGUUAAAGAUGAGGCUGAGCACACUGCAGCUUCCUUUGUGGAUCAGUCUCCUCCCCAGGACCGCAGCAAUCGCUCCAGUGGGCUGUGCUGCUAGUCUCGACUCACUUUACUUCAACCUAUGUGAUUUAUCAGCUGUCUGGGGGAUUGUGUUACAAGCUCUAGCCAGUGCAGGCAUACUAAGUUGCUUUGUGCUGUCACUGGUUUUAUUAGCGAGCAUACCCUUUGUCCAAGACAGUAAGAGGAAGAGCCCCAUUGGAAUUCAGCUUUUCUUCAUUUUUGGCACAUUUGGGCUCUUUUGCUUGGUUUUUGAUUUCAUUAUCAACAAGGACUUCGCAACCUGUGCUUCCAGAAGGUUCUUGUUUGGCGUUCUGUUUGCAAUCUGCUUUUCUUGCAUGUUGGCACACACUUUCAGACUUAACUUGCUUGUAAGAAAAAACAAUGGUCCUAAAGCCUGGCACAUUUUUAUCCUGGCACUUUCUCUCACCCUUGUGGAAGUGAUAAUAAACACUGAAUGGUUAAUAAUCACCAUUGUAAGGAAUAAUGGCACCAGUUCUGCAUUUCUUGGAGAUCCUUGCAAUAUUGCUAAUAUGGAUUUUGCUAUGGCUUUAAUUUACGUUAUGUUUCUUAUCGUAGUUACAUUUGGUCUUGCUGUGUCCACUCAGUGGGGUCAUUUUAAACACUGGAAGAAACAUGGCAUAUUUAUCCUUGUCACAGUUAGUUUCUCCAUCGCCAUCUGGAUUGUGUGGAUUGUAAUGUAUGUUUAUGGAAAUAAGAAAGUCGGAAAUCAAACCUGGAAUGAUCCAACACUCUCUAUUGCACUGGUUGCCAAUGCCUGGGUGUUUGUCUUUAUGUACAUCAUCCCUGAGAUCUGCCACCUGACAAAAGCUAGUAUGGAGCAGCAUUAUGUCGAAGAGGUAUAUCCAACAAGAGGAGUGGGCUAUGAGACCAUCUUAAAGGAGCAGCAAGCUCAACACAUGUACAUAGAAAACAAGGCGUUCUCAAUGGAUGAACCCAAUGCAGCAAACAAGCCCAAAUCACCUUACACAGGUUACACGGGUUACAAUGGACAGCUUCGCAACAGUGUAUAUCAGCCGACUGAAAUGGCAUUGAUGAACAAAACCAACUCGUUAGAAAAUCCCUAUGACCAUUAUAUCCCGAGGGUCACCAUUAACCAGUCGGCAUUUUCCAGUAACGCCUCCACCCUCCGUGCAGAGGAUGCAUUUACAGCUGAGAGCAGGCAGCCUGCCCAACAAGAUGGCAGCAGUGGACCAACAUUUUAACACCUUGCAUGGCUGCAGAGAGAGCACCGACCAAAUAAUGUCACAAGGAGAAAUGAACAGAGAGAAUCUUCACAUUGAGACUAAAGAUCCACACCAGAUAAAGGAAUUAUUAACCUGGAGUUUUUGUGCAAUAUGAAUGUAUAUUAUGCAGAUCAUUUCUCACAAAUGCUAUGUAGUCUAGUGAUCGUUCUGAACUAACACGGGCAAAAUGGCAACAUGUUACUAACAUGAACGAUUGCUUCUAUAAAACACUUAUAGCAAAGUGAGGAUUGGUGAUUUUUUACCUAAUUUUUAAUCGCGUCAAUCUCAAUAACCCAUCUCUUCUCUUCAUAUGAACAGGCAAGCUCCCAAUAUGGAAAAUCUCUGUGGUGAAAAGAGUCUCUCUGCCAAUAGUUUGCGAUAAAACUUUUUCAAAAACUGCAACUUCAGUCCUUUGCUGAUAUUGUUUUCCAUUCUCUGAACGACACUGAAUCAAUGGGAGCAAAGUCCUGUUGAUGUGGCAUUUGAGCUGGAAAUGAAAAGGAUCGUUUUCUGAAUGCAACUGGGUGUAGGCAUUUUAGCAACUGAGUCAAGCCCCAGUGAGGGAGUGGACCGUACAAGGCAGGAUGGAGACUGCACUGUCACUACUUGUUCUCAGUCCACAUUAAGCGUUGCCUUCAAAGUCUUUCUGCUGAAUAGAUUUCCAAAAGCUAUGACUCGAACCACUGCAGUCUAUGUGGUGUAAAGAAGGCAGCUCACUAUCACAUCCUCCAGGGCAGUAAGAGAUGAAGCAAUAAAUGCUGCGACAUCAACAUCCCAGGAGAGAAUUUUUAAAAGUAGUUGCUAUGAUGGCUAUUAAGGCGAUUGUCAGGCAGUGAAAACUUUCUUUGCAGUACAAUGCCUUGUAAAUUUGAUUAUGUCAACCUCUAUUUUUGCUCUCUGCCUCCUGAAUGAUGUUCAAGGCAACGUAAGGUGUGCUGUUUAUGAAAACAACAAUGAAGAGGUACAAACAAUGCCUGAAGAGAAAACUAGUUUCUCACCAUGUAAAGGAGGGAUGGGUUUAAUGUUCUGUGUGGACUCCAUAAUGAGACUACUGUUCAUUCCUGUGAUGUAAAACUGAAAUGAUCCAUUUCAUUGUCCAGACCACCUGAAGGACUAUCAGCUAUUGGAAUACAACACACAUUUAGGAAUUGCCUGUGCUGCUUCAGGGUGAAGUAAUGCUAUGUCAAAAUGUGGAUUGCUAUUCCUUAAGUCUUAUAGAUUAGUAGAGAAUUAAUCAUCUUAUUUCUGCAGGGCCAGCUACCAGCCUGCAACAGAAACGUAAGAUUUAGAUCACUUAAACAAUCAGAAUGAACCAAACCAAAAACAAGCAUGUGUUUUAAUGCACAAUCCCACUCUCUGAAACACAAAUCUUCAAUUUUGUUAGCAAAAAAAUUGCAUCUUUUAUUAAUGUAAGCAUCUUUGUAUCUUAUGUAUGUGUGAUGAGAUGACACUGUCUACGCUGCUUUACUAUACUAUCUAUGGGAAUAGGCUAUAACAGUACUGUUACAUGGGGAUAGCCUUCAAAGGCUAAAUCUGUCAUUGAGGACACAAUUGAGAGAUUCUAAACAUUUCUCAGGGCCAUAUUUUCCUCUGGCUGUAAAACCUUAAAAUUGAAUGCUAUGUGAAAUAAUAAUAAAGUGAUGGCAAGGCAGAGGAAGAUAUCAACCUGCUCUUCUGUUUUGAUUCUGCAUCUAGCUCCCAAGGUAAAAUGAAUUUACAAUGGUUAGCCUUAAAGGGAAACCUUGUGUGCUAAUAACCUGGGCUGACUUCUUCCUCGAUCUGAAUGGUGGACGUGCAUGGCUAUGCGUGCAUUUUGGGUGUAUGUCGGCUGGUGAAUGUUACAUUCAGAAUUUCAUGACUUGAGCUCCGCAUUGGUGAGUUCUUGCACAUGGGGAGCGCAUUCAGAAAGGUGCCUGUAUACUGCUGAUACUCGCUGCUGUGACAAAUGUGGUCCCUGAAAAGCAGGGUUCUUCCUUUUAUCAUGAAGAUGGCAUUGGCAUUAUCAGCAUCUAAAUGCAAUUCUCCAUUUGAGUAUUGUGUGAUAAAUCAUUUUUCUAUUAAUCAUGUAAGACACGUUUGCCUUUCAUAUCACGUUAGGUGUGCCAUCUGCCAUUGCAGUUAUUUAUUUAACUACCACUUUUACUGCAUUAACACAGAAACUAGGAGUAGGAGCAGACGAUUUAACCCUUCGAGCUAGCUUUGCUGUUUAAUAUGAUCGUGGCUGACCCUCUAUCUCAUUGCCAUUUUCCUACUUUCUCCCCAUACCCCUUGAUGUCUUUAAAAUCUAAACAUACAUCUGUCUCUUUCUUGACUAUACUAGGUGACUUGACCUCUACAGCCUUCACAAGUUCACUCCCUUUACAGUGAAGAAAUGUUUCCUCAUCUCAGUCCUAAAAAGUUAACCCCAUAUCCUGAGACUGUGACCCCUGGUCGUAGACUCCCCAGCCAGUGAAAACAUCCUCCCUGCAUCCAGUGCGUCCAGCCCCGCUAGAAUUUGGUACGUUUCAAUCAGAUCCCCCUCUCAUCCUUCUAAAUUCUAGUAAAUACAGCCCUCUCUUCAUUGGACAGUCCUGUCAUCCCUGCUAUAAGCCUUGUGAACCUUCCCUGCACUUUCUCUAUAAGAACUAUAUCCUUUCUUAGGUAGAGAGACCAAACUGUGUGCAUAACUCCAGAUGUGGCCUCAUCAAAGCUCUGUACAACUACAGUAAGACAUCCUUACUUCUGAACUCAAGUCCUCUUGCCAGAAGGUCAAUAUAAACCAUUUCCUUCCUAAUUGUUAGCUGCACUUGCCUGUUUGCUUUCAUUGAUAAAGACACUCGGAUUCUUUUUUACAUCCACACUUCCCAACAUGGCACCAUUUAAAUAACACUCUUCCUUUUUGGUUUUCACAUCACUGUAUAUUAUGUCACAUUUAGCUAUAUUGUACUGCAUUGUCAAUGUGUUUGCCCACUCACUCAAUUUGUCUAAAUUACUGUGUGACCUCCUUGCAUCCUUCUCAACUCACAUUCCCACUUAGUUAUGUGUCGUCAGUAAACUUGGUAAUGUAGCAUUUGAUUUCCUCAUCUGGGUAUAUGUAAUAAGAACAAGUUGGGGUCCAAGCACUGAUCAUAAUAGGGCCCCACUGGUCACUGCUUUCCACUGAGAAAAUGAACCAUUUAUUCCUACUGUCUGUUUCACAUCUGUCAACUAAUUCUCAGUUCAUGACAAUGUAUUAUCCCCUAUUCCAUGUGUUUUACCUUUCCCCACUAACCUCUUAUGAGGGACUUUAUCAAAAGCCUUCUGAAAAUCCAGAUACACUACUAGCAACAUCUGCAAAAAACUAUAAUGGAUUUUUUGAGUAUGAUUUACUUUUUAUAAACCCAUGUUACCAUUGUCCUGUCUUGUUAGUGCUUUCCAAAUGUUCUGUUAUCACGUCUUCUAUAAUAUACUCUAGCAUUUCCCCACUACUGCAUGUACUUUGUUACUACAAUUUUCUACUCCAUGGACCUGUAUUUCUACCUGGUCUGAUUUUUUUUUUUUUUCUCUCCCUCGCUUUUUAAAUAGUGGGGUUACACUUGACCCCUCCAAUCUGUAGCAACUCUUCCAAAGUGUAUAGAACUUUGCAAGAUGAUCACCAAUACGUCCAAUAUUUCCAAGGCCACUUCCUUCAGUACUCUGGGAUGUAGAUUACCAAACUCUCGGAAUUUGUCAGCCUUUAACCAUAUUAAUUUCCCCAGCACCAUUUUCUUGCUAAUACUGAUUUCCUUCAAUACCACCCUCUCAUUGGACCUUUGCUUCCCUAACAUUUCUGGGAGAUUAUUUGUGAAGCCAGACCAAAGCAUGUAUUUUACUAUUUUUUUGCUUGCUUUUGUAACUCCCCAGCUUCUGACUAUGAAGAACCCACAUUUAUCUUUACUCAUCUUUUUCUUUUUAUAUAUUUUUGGAAGCUUUUACCAUCACUUUCUAUGUCCCUGGCAAUUUAACUCUCACGCACUACUUUCCCAAUCUUUUGCUGCAUUUUAAAAUGUUCCCAAUCCUGAGACUUUCAUUGUUAAACGCAAUUGUUAAGCCUUAAUUCCAUCUUUAUGUUGAUCAUGAUACUCCUUUCAUUACUUUACAAUUUUUCAAAUCAUGGAACUUGUUACAGGGUUCCUCUCAAAUCUUAUUUAUCAUGAGGUCAAUAAAUCAAUCAUUACUGGUAAUGCUGACCUGCUUCUGUAAUAUCUAUGUCUAGUAAUAUCUAUGUCAUUGCCUGCUUCCACUGCUCUCCUUUUCUACUAUGUAUUCAUUGCCUAUACGGGACUCAAAAUUUCUGAGUGCUGAGUUGGAAUAUUUACCAGGGGCUUCAUACUUUCAUAAGCAGUAAGCCAGCAAUUGGUGCUAUUCCUGUCUCUGGCUGGGCAUCAGAUCCAUUCCUGGCAGCCUACUAUGUGUACCAAGGGUGAAGCCUAGCCUGGUCAAUGUUUUGGUUGUGUUAUUUUGACCAAUGUGGUUAACUCUUAGCUGCUGUCUGGGAUUAGGGAUAGGCAGUAAAUGUUGGCCUGGUUAGCAAUGCCCACGUCCCUUGAAUUAGCUUAUAUAAAAAAAAAUCCAAGUCAGGUGAGGAGGUGAAUUAAACUUAUAAAGAUUUGGAUGCUUGCAUUUUAUGUGAAUAGAAGCAAAAUAGGUGUGUUGUGACUGGCAACUUGCUUUCAAUUCCUGAUUGAAACUUUGAAAACAGAAUUGUCCAUUUGCAGUUUUUAUGUGAGCCGAGUAUCCUCUGCAAAAGAGGAAAAUAUGGCCUUUUUAUAAGAUUAAAGUUUUUAAAUAACUCUGAGCUCAGCAAUAAUUUUUCAUUUUUGGUGAACUCAAAAGUUGGUUUAUUUGGCACAAGUUGGUUUAAUAGAAAUAGUUUGUAAUAAUUUAAGUACCUAUAUUCCUAUGUUAGCCAAAGAAUACACUUUCUAAACAGUGGAUAAAUGUUCUGUGGCAUUUAGUAUUUGUGCUUUUUCACAUGUUUUACAAUUAGAUUUUGUUAUGUUUUAAUAUAUCAAUUGCAUGUUUUGCUGUGAAAUCUGAGGAAUAAUUUGCAUCAGUAUAGAGGUCAUCCCUUGAAUCUAAGCAAUAUACAUGAGAAACAAUCAGAGGAUGUGAAAAAGGCAUCCCAUUGUCACUUGUGUAACAGAUUUUGGUUUUUUUUGUAUUUAUUUUGUCACUGUUAGAAUAUAGUUAAAUUUACGUAGAGUAGAUCAAUCACGCUUGCAAGCUGAGGUUCCAAGCUUGCAUUCAGCAAUGCAACUUUGAAGUAAUUAUCAAUAAUCCUGUAUGAGUAUUUGUGUGAAUGUAACAUUAAUAUACAUUUCUGCAUUUGCCAUGUUGUGUUGUUAUUAAAGUAGUUGUCUGCUGUCCCUUCACUCAGAAUAAACUUUCUGGUUACAAUGGAUUACAGCAUAGAAACAGGCCAUUUUGGUCUGACAGACUGACACUGGCUCUACAUGAGCUUCCUUUUACCUUUAUUUGAUAUAACUUUUAGCACAUCCUUCUCUCCUUCCUGUGUCCUGACCAGCACCUAUUAACAUUGGGUAUGGUUAGUAAGGUAGAACGUGACAAUCCAUCACUGAACAGCUGAGAACCAGAUUCAUGGGGGCUUUUCUCUUCUGUCUCCUUUGUAAGGAAAAUAAGGAGGAGUAAAUCCUAACCUCAUGUUAUUAAAGGUCUUUACUCCCAAUUUCAGUCUCCUGGUCGAAAAUACAACAAACUGUAAAAGGUCCAGUUACCCUAAUAUUCCAUAUUUGUGUUGCAUAGUGUUGUAGAGUCACUGCAUUUUUAAUUUAAUGCAGCAAUUGUGGCUAUUUCCAGCAAAAUCCAUGUUUGAAUAGUACAACUGAUUUGCACAGUAUGUCUGUCUUACCCAAUGAUGUGUGAAAUUCAGAGUUUCUGGGUUAUUUAAGCUUUUUUCCAGGGAAUGCACGAAGCAUCCUUUUGUUGCCCUUGCUUUGAAUAAUCACUAUAUAUUUUUAAGCCGUUAUCCUAGUGUGUUUCUUAAAGGAAGCCAUUUCACAAAUGUUAUGAAACGAAUCAUUAGGAUGUAACUAGACAGCAAAGGUGUCCAAACACUAAGAAAAAUGCUAAGGUAAAGCCAAGACAUCUAGAUAAUUGUGUUGACUGUGUUGUACCACAGGGGAUGUUGCUACUUUAAUGCUACAAUUUUUUUGUUAAAAAUAAACUCGUCUUUACAUUGCGUG